AUGGCUUUCCAAGUCCCCUUCUCCUCCAGUCCGCCUUCAACCCCAGACAGAAGAUCCAGCAAUAUCUUCUCAUAUGGCGCGAACCCUUCAACAACCCCAGCCGGACCUCCCCCAUCUUCUGCUGGGUCUUUUACACCAGCUGGCCCUCCUCCCCCAUCAGCAUUCGGAAGCUCCAUGGGCACACCCUUAAAGCCUCUCUCAUUCUCUCAGCAAACCGCAUUCAAUCCGAACUCCUCUCCCCCAAACUUUUUGCGAUCUGCAGUUCAAAGUGCCGCGCCUGGUCAGCGCUCUGGACUCAGCCAUGAGUACCAAUCUUCCCCGCAGCGAAGCUUUCGAGCUCCGUCUGAGGACAGCGAGGGAGGCGAGGGGGAUGAGUACAUGGACGAGGAAGACGAUGGGCAAUACAACGAAAGUCAGCAAAGCUAUGCGGAAGAUGAAGACGCCGAUCGCAUGGCAGAUGAUAACGCUCGUUAUGAAGAAGAUGCGGACAUGCAUGAUUAUCGAUCAGGAUUUCAAGACUCGAGAGCAAUUGGCCGUGGAUUUGGUGAGCGAAGUACUGCCGACUUGCUACGCUCAACACCAGGAGGCUUGAAACGAAGUAGGGAAGGAGGGGCGCCUGGACUCAAUAGCUCAAUCAUGCAAUCGGCAUCGGUACCAGAACCCUCAUAUUUUGAAUCCAUCGCCAAAGAUCUGUCCAGUCGAAUGCCACAACCGCAGCUCAAAGAAGCAGACGACCUGAUCCUCAAGACCGAAGUCACAAUCGAAAGGCUAUUUAGUGACGGCAUCGGCGCUACAGAGGAUGAUGACUUGCUUGAGGAAACGCUGACAACAGUUUCUGGAGAACUUGUCAGAUUAUGGGAAGAUUACCAAAACAAGAUCGCUGUCUACGAUUCCGAUGAGUAUACAGCAGGUAUUGGCCCAGGUUCUAAAGCAUCCGAUUUCGAGAAAGCCAACUUCCUAGCCGGUCUCGCCCUAAAGAUACAGCAUCCUGGAAAGAUAUCAAAGUCUUUUGAUCGCAAAGUUGUGCCACUUCCGCAGGUGCUGCUGGAAUGGAUGCACGACUACCAUAACCCUUACCCAUCAAGUCUUGACGUGGUGCAAAAUAACUUACCAAGUCCGUCGAAUCACCGAUCAUUCUGGGAUACUGCGUUUAGUUGUCUUGUUCGUGGGAAAGUUGCUGCUGUUAAGCAUCUAUUGGAACAUGCCGGUUGGAGUACUGCGAGAAAUGAAACAGAAACCUCCCUUAGUCAAUUUGGACAAGUUGGGUUUACCGGUCCAGCACUUGCCAACGUCGAAAAGGUUGUCGGCGCUGCAACCCACGUACUUUCGCAAUGUCCGGCAGUCCACGGGGACUGGAAUACGAAGAGUAGUGACUGGACACUGUUUCGACUGCAUGUCUCCCAGGCGCUGGAGGAGUUAAGAACAUUUGCGGAGGGAAACAAUCGAGAGCGGAUGGGUUCUCUGUAUGAACCGGAAGGGUUCGGCGCUUCUUCUAUUGCUAGUACGUAUAGCAAAAAUGCUAAGAAGGCAGAAAGCAAAGUUCCCUGGCAUAUUUACCAGAACCUUAUCACACUUUACAAUCUGGUCAUGGGUGACUCCAAUGCGAUCAUCGAAAAUGCACAGGAUUGGUGCGAAGCUACCAUUGGCCUACUGGUAUGGUGGGAUGAAGGCAGAGAUGACAGACGUGUAGCACUGGGCCGAUCGCAGAGCAAUUAUCGUGUUGCAUCACGAGAGUCUGAUGCGGUUUCAUAUCGUCGAAAGCUGCGUAGAUCAUUUCAGAUUGCAACGGCAGAUACGACGGACUUCAAAGUCAACAGUGCGGAUAUGGUUGAAGUUGGAUUGGUAACACUUUUCGAAGGCAAUGUUGAAGCAGUUGUUGGGUUUCUCAAGGGAUGGUCGGGACCAUUGUCUUCCGCAGUAGCAGAAAUAGCUUCUUUGGGUGGCUGGCUGCCUCCAGCAGAAGAGAAAAAUCUUAUCAACAUGGGAAGUUUUGACCAGGACGACCUGGAUCUUCUUGGCUACAACUCAUCGCCGCCUAGGGAAGAUGGGGUCAAGGACAAAACCCUUAUCGCCUAUGCACGCUUGUUAGCCAAGCGAGGUCCCAUGAAGGCUUCUACGAGCUCUGGACAGACUAUAGCUCGAGAGGGCUGGGAAAUUGCUAUUGCAGUGCUUGGUCGACUCGAUUCUACAGACCGCCAAGUGGAAAUGAUAGGAUUGUUCUUGAAUGGCUUUAAGCUGGACUCUUCAAGCACUGUUGAUAAGCUUUGGAGGCUGCUCACUGAUCUCGACCUAACCCGGCACGCUGAGCGCAUCGCAGAGUCCUACGCCGAUACACUCGCGGAAGGUUCACACCGAUACGGUGAGGCUCUCUGGUAUUACGCACUAUCUCACAAGGUCCAGAAGGUCAAGGACGUGUUGGAUCUACUUAUCUCCUUCUCCCUGAUCCAGUCAACUGCGUAUCCUCCAGAACCUGAGCUGGAUGACUUCUUGCGAAGCCUUGUUUCAUCGCCUAAAGAUGCAUUGACGAAGAUCUCUGAAAUGGAUGACGAAGCUGCUGCACUCCUACACAAGAUGCUGAGUGGCUAUGCAACUCUUCGAAAAUUCUACAACCUCCGUGACGAAGACGUGUCACACACAGGCGCAAAGUCACAUCUGGGUCCCAUUGCGCGCAAAGUCGAAGCGACAUCAUCCCUCCUUGCGGUCAUAACCAGCUCCGAUGAUAACAUUCGAGGAGGACUGUAUGACGAAGAACGUGGAGCAGUUGUCAGCGUCGAUUUUCUCCUCGCUCUGCUCGGUGAGGCACUCGUGCUGGUAAAUCAGACAGACUCUGCCAUCACGGUGUCACAGAUCGAUGUUCUGCUCAAGGCUAUCGAGGAUCUUGAGACUGUAGGAGAACGUGUCAAUUCUGUAUGCUCAGAGUUCUUGCAGACAGUCAUUGCAUCAGCGCAAGGACUCAAAGGAUCGGCUCCAAUGGAUAUGUUGCGGAAAUCGACCUCUAAUAUUAGUGGAACCAGUAGCUUCUCCAUGGUUGGAAGCUCAAUGUAUGCAUCGCAGCUCAAGCAAUCUAUGAGCAGUAGUGGAGUAUUGGUGAAGGGCGAUAGUAAACGCGGAUGGGAUUGGCGGCAGGGCGUCUCCGCAAGUACGAAAGGGGAGGAUCUUUUGCGGAUCCUACGGCUGGGACUAGCGAAAGACUUGGCCAAAGCGUACUUACUAGAGUCGGACAGUAGAAUAUAA